AUGGUUGGCGGCAUCAAGAGCCUCAUCAUUUGUGCCUCUGCUGCUUUGGCCGCAUGCACACCCACUCCUCCCACGCCCAUCGUCCGCAAGGAAUGGCGUACUCUCACCACUUCCGAGAAGGCAGAGUACAUCAAUGCCGUCAAAUGCAUACUCGCCAAACCAGCCCUCACCCCAGAAGGUUCACCCCCAACCGGUCACGGUGUCAUCAGCCGCUACGAUAACCUAGUCUACACCCACAUCCAGCAAACCAUGCAGGUCCACUACGUCGGCCACUUCCUCGCCUGGCACAGACUCUUCACAGCCACAUACGAGAAGAUGCUCCGCAACGAGUGCGGCUACACCGGCGCCCAACCAUACUGGGACUGGACCCUCGACGCAGCCGACAUCACCGCCUCGCCCAUCUUCGACCCCGUGACAGGGUUCGGGGGCAACGGCCCAUGGGUUCCUAGUGACCCCACCUCAUGGAUGCCACCUGUCCCAGGACGCACCGGAGGAGGCUGUGUGGUGGAUGGUCCCUUUGCGGGGAUCAACGACCUGGUCCACUUGGGCCCUGAGAGCUCUCUAGUGUAUAACCCGCAGUGCUUGAAGAGAGAUCUUGCUCCUUCGUUUGCGUCGAUGUACCUGGGGAUGAACCAGACACAGCUCACACUGAGCCAGCCCGACUUUGGGUGGUUCAACGCCGUUGUAGAAGGGUCCCCCAGCUUUGAUGCUUCAGGUGUGCACGGUGGUGGGCAUUUCGGCGUUGGUGGAACGUUUGGUCAAAUGGGUGACUUGUACACCUCGCCAGCUGAUCCAAUUUUCCACCUGCAUCACGCAAAUCUGGACAGACUGUGGUGGUCGUGGCAGAGCUUGAACCUGCCGGCAAGACUGAGUGAUAUCUCGGGGCCGUCUAUCAUCAUGGACCCCACCUCCCCCAACGUUACCUUGGCUCAUCCGUUGUCAGUGGGUGUCAGCGGAGUUGAUACCACCGUUGGGGACGUCAUGAAGAUCGAUGCUUGUGGGACGGGCGGCAGCAUGUGCUACACAUACGACUCUCUUUACACCCUGCUAUGA